CGCUGUUUUCUGUUUUUCUCCUUCCUGGCAUAUCAAUCAAAAUUGCAACCUUAUUGCAAACUAUUGGGAAUUUUUGCAUAGAAAAAAACAACGGAAAAGGAUAAAUUGCAAAAAAAUAUUGCAAAUUCGCCUCAAAAAUAUUGUUAUUUCGUUAUCAAGUUAUCAACUAACGUAAAUCUUAUAUCCUACAAAAAUGAAUAUAAAUUUGCCAAACUUUAAUGUGAAAAAUCUUGUGAAGGAGGCGGGGAGUACAUUAUCCAGAGUAGUGCAGCUGACGGAGGAAAAACUCGGCACCACCGAACGCACUGAAUAUGAUAAUGAGUUCCAGAAUCUGGCUGAACGUGCGGAUUUAACAAAAGCAUGGACAGAAAAGAUAGUACGCGACUCCGAAACGGUAUUGAUACCGAAUCCGCAGAAUCGCAUUGAAGAUUUUAUUUUUGAUAAAAUUGAAAAAACAAAACCGCAACGAUUGAGCAAUUUGGAGCACUUGGCAUUGGAUAUGAUUGAGGCCGGUGGAGAUUUUGGACAAGAUCUACCGUACGGUCAAGCUUUAAUAAAAGUUGGACAAGCAGAACAAAAACUCGGGCAGUGCGAGCGUGAUUUCAUUGCCUCAUCUGGUAUAUGUUUUACUCAGCCUUUGCGCAAAUUUUUAGAAGGUGAAAUGAAAACCAUUACAAAAGAGCGUGGCAUAUUGGAAACAAAACGCUUGGACUUAGAUGCAUGCAAAAAUCGCGUGAAGAAAGCCAGAAGUAUGCUGGGUCAACAGGCGAAAGAUGGUAUCUCCCCUGAGGUAGUUCUAGAACAGGCCGAACGAGAUUUACGUGUUGCACAAGCAGAAUUUGAUCGCCAAGCAGAGAUAACAAAGGUAUUGCUGGAAGGAAUCAGCACAUCGCAAGCAUCGCAUUUACGCCAUUUGCACGCAUUUGUAGAAACGCAAGUACGUUACUAUAAGCACUGCAUUGACGCAAUGAAUAAUUUGCAGCGCGAUUUGGCCAAUUUGGGAGGCCCCACCCCAUAUGUUCCGAUCGAUGUAUACAAUGAUGAUGAUGGUAGUGGCAAUCACAGCGCAUCUAGUGGCAUUGGGCUUAAUGCUGGUGUCGUCGGCAGCGGUUUAGGAAUUGGUGCUGCGGCUGGUGCUGGCGUAGGCGCUGGUAGUGGCGGCCGGCGGCGCAAUCCAGGCGAUACAACACUCACAGCUGAUCAGAUGAAACGAGCGCGUGUGUUAUGCGCCUACGAUGCUAAAGAUCAUACCGAAUUAAAUUUAAAUGCGAAUGAGGUUAUUUUCGUUACUGAAUGCUCACCAGUGAAUCCUGAUUACAUGUAUGGCAAGCAGGGCUUACUAAAAGGAUUGGUGCCACGCGCUUUUCUAGAAAUGCUCGAUGAUGAAGAGAAUGUUUCGGGUGAAUAUUAGACAAAGAAAUAUGAAUAAUUUAAAUUAUGUGAAAUUGGUAGAUAAGAAAAUUAUAUUAAAUACAAGUAUUACACAACUCGUUGCAUAAUUUUAAAAACACAAGCAAUGUUGAGUAAAAUCUGCAUACAAAUACUCAAAAUAAAUAACAAAUAUGUACUCAAAAUAAAUAUUUAAUUUACGCAUAUUAUUGUCAAUACAAAUAUUGAA